CUUUGCAUAUGUACCCCUGGAACUAGAUAAUAGUCGCGCCAAACAAAUCCACUAAAUUAUGAUCCCAGCUAGUCACCAACAAAACCUACUACCUUUGUGUGAAGUACGUUGGCCGAUGGUUUGUCUCAGUUCAGCUCCACAACUAGUAACAAACAUGAUGCAGUGUGAAAAGCAUCAAACUGACACAACUGAUCAUCCCAGACAAAGUACGAGUGCGAUGCUAAGUAAAUUAUCAUCACGAGCACACCAACACCAUGCCCAGAACGCCUACUACUAAUAAUGAUAAUGAAGAUGUGAUUCAUUUCUUUCUUUCUGAAAUAACAUACGCUUUGACCGACCGGGCACCAGCCAUCACAAGCCAUCACAAGCACACUAGUUAUUUGACCGUCUUGAAUGGCUUCAUCUUGUGGUGGUUGCAACUGCUGCUGCUAGUACUACCGGUGCUGAUUGGCGCUAUCAGGUGGACAAUGAAACGGCCCAGCGGGACUGAUUGAACUGUGACAAGAAAGCCUGGCCUGUCAGUCAGUCCGUCAGUUGACGAGUAACAUGGCCCCGACCGGGUGAUUGGGAGCAACACACCCGAUGCCGGCGCCCAGACCUCGGUUGCUAAAGAGGGUUCAUCCAUU